AUGGAUUCUGAUAGACAAGGUUCAGCGGGUACAUCAAGAGUAAGGAUUGUGACCCGACAAUACUUGUUUGACCUCAUGAAGAACGAAAAUUUGCUUAAUUUAGAUGCCAAAUUAAAUUUUCUAAAAGAUAAACUUUUGUCAUGUGAAGGUUACAAUGAAGACCAAAUUGUUAGUUUGAAACGUGGUUUUGCCCAUUUCAAAUCAGAAAUGAAAUAA